GAGCCUGCGUGAUUAGCUUCCCCAGACCUCAGAAAACCUGUCCAGUGGGCGUGAGAAGGCAUUAGGUGGCUAAAUAGGGGGCAUUAGUGGGGGGCCCCCUCCCUAAAACGGCCUGGCUCCCACUUCUCCCUCCCACUUCUCUCUCCUUAGACCUCGUUCCCAAGCUGAGGCGUGGGCUGGGCUGUACUGGGCGCCAGGUGGAAGGCAGGCCGCUGGGCUGUCACCCAGCCUGACUCUGGGGACCUUGGGAAAAGGAGUUGGGAGGCAUGCUCGUGCGCAGUGUGCCCGCCCGCCCACCCGCCGCCUGCUGCAGGGCCGGGAGCCGCCGCUGGGAGAGGAAGUGCGUUCGGUUACCAAUCGGGUUAUUUUCAUAACGGCUGUCUCAGGCUGCGAGGAGGAGGGUGACAAGGGGGAGGGGGCAGAGGAGCAGCCACGGCCGCUCGCUCUCCAAACUAGGACUUGCUCAGCAGAGGCCGCCAGCCCCGAGCUGGAGCCAGAGCCCGGCAUUGGGGACCCCAGCUCCCUCCUGCUUGCCCUGCUCCCGCCUGCGCCCUGCCUUCCAGAUCAGGUCAAAAGGGGCCCCCAGCCCCUCCUUGCCUUCUGCUUCCUCCCUCUGUAUCUGGCUGGGUGGGUAUGGGGAGGGUUGGAUCCGGGUGGACCCAGGCCCCACCAUCCCUAGGCGAGGGGCCUGCCCUGCCAGGUUCCUGAGCUGAUGGAAAAGGGUCCCGCCAAGCUCUUGCUGAGCCAGGGCAGACCCUGCCGAGUAAACACUCACUGGCCUGGUCGCCUUCUUACCGUCCAGCCUGGCCCACCUGCUCCCCGAGGUACAUUUUGUUUGUUGUUUUUGACAGGAUCCCUGUGGUGAGUCACAGCCUGGGAAGGGAGGACCCUGCCUCCCCAGCCCCUAGACUGACUGGGGAGGGGCCGGCCUCCCUUCCAGCUUCCCCACCUCCUUCCCUCCGACCCAGGGACUGUGGGAGCAGAGCCGAGGGGGUUCUGGGGAGGCAGCUGCAGGCCCUUGCUCUGGGGCUGCUGGAGGUGGGGUCGCCAUGCACCAUGCCCAGCCUUCACGGAGCUGAAGGCAGACGAGGCCCUGCCCAGGGUGUGGAGUGGGCGCUUUGGGUCAGUCCCAUGGGGUAUCCUGUGAGAGCAGCUCAGGAGGCCAGGCCUGGUACCGGGUGCAGAGAGUGCAUUCCUCACGACACGAGCAGAUAACCAGGUGGUACCUGCUCCCGGCUCUGUUCCUCAUGCGGUGGGUGGUGGCCACCCUGGACACUCCUGCUUCCCUUUCUGGGUUCCCAGCCUCACUGUGGGCAGACAAACCACAGGAGGUAGCACAAUCACAUGCUCUGGUGUCUGUGGUGGGUGUAGGCCCUGCCAGGCCCCUGCUGUCUGCCAGGUAUCACCAGGCACUCUCCCUCCGUCAUCGCAUCCAGACCUCCUUUAUGCCAAUCUUCUGAACCAGAUGGUGUGAGCUCCAUUUUGCAGAUGAGAAAAUUGAGGCUGAGAAAGGAAAGCCAUCACCAAGUCGGGCCUCCAGCACCUGGCCCCGCCUCCGCCCACCCCUGGGGCCCCGUGCAGCGAGUCAGAGCGGCAGAUCCGGAGCACAGUGGACUGGAGCGAGUCAGCGACAUAUGGGGAGCACAUCUGGUUCGAGACCAACGUGUCGGGGGAUUUCUGCUACGUUGGGGAGCAGUACUGUGUAGCCAGGAUGCUGAAGUCAGUGUCUCGAAGAAAGUGUGCAGCCUGCAAGAUUGUGGUGCACACGCCCUGCAUCGAGCAGCUGGAGAAGAUAAAUUUCCGCUGUAAGCCGUCCUUCCGUGAAUCAGGCUCCAGGAACGUGCGCGAGCCAACCUUUGUACGGCACCACUGGGUACACAGACGACGCCAGGACGGCAAGUGUCGGCACUGUGGGAAGGGAUUCCAGCAGAAGUUCACCUUCCACAGCAAGGAGAUUGUGGCCAUCAGCUGCUCGUGGUGCAAGCAGGCAUACCACAGCAAGGUCUCCUGCUUCAUGCUGCAGCAGAUUGAGGAGCCGUGCUCUCUGGGGGUCCACGCGGCCGUGGUCAUCCCGCCCACCUGGAUCCUCCGCGCACGGAGGCCCCAGAAUACCCUGAAAGCAAGCAAGAAGAAGAAGAGGGCAUCCUUCAAGAGGAAGUCCAGCAAGAAAGGGCCUGAGGAGAGCCGCUGGAGACCCUUCAUCAUCAGACCCACCCCCUCCCCCCUCAUGAAGCCCCUGCUGGUAUUUGUGAACCCCAAGAGUGGGGGCAACCAGGGUGCAAAGAUCAUCCAGUCUUUCCUCUGGUAUCUCAAUCCCCGACAAGUCUUCGACCUGAGCCAGGGAGGUCCCAAGGAGGCGCUGGAGAUGUACCGCAAAGUGCACAACCUGCGGAUCCUGGCGUGCGGGGGCGACGGCACGGUGGGCUGGAUCCUCUCCACCCUGGACCAGCUACGCCUGAAGCCGCCGCCCCCUGUUGCCAUCCUGCCCCUGGGUACUGGCAACGACUUGGCCCGAACCCUCAACUGGGGUGGGGGCUACACAGAUGAGCCUGUGUCCAAGAUCCUCUCCCACGUGGAGGAGGGGAACGUGGUACAGCUGGACCGCUGGGACCUCCACGCCGAGCCCAACCCCGAGGCAGGGCCUGAGGACCGAGAUGAAGGCGCCACCGACCGGUUGCCCCUGGAUGUCUUCAACAACUACUUCAGCCUGGGCUUUGACGCCCAUGUCACCCUGGAGUUCCACGAGUCUCGAGAGGCCAACCCAGAGAAAUUCAACAGCCGCUUUCGGAAUAAGAUGUUCUACGCUGGGACAGCCUUCUCUGACUUCCUGAUGGGCAGCUCCAAGGACCUGGCCAAGCACAUCCGAGUGGUGUGUGAUGGAACAGACUUGACUCCUAAGAUCCAGGACCUGAAACCCCAGUGUGUUGUUUUCCUGAACAUCCCCAGGUACUGUGCAGGCACCAUGCCCUGGGGCCACCCUGGGGAGCACCACGACUUUGAGCCCCAGCGGCAUGACGACGGCUACCUCGAGGUCAUUGGCUUCACCAUGACGUCCUUGGCUGCGCUGCAGGUGGGCGGGCAUGGCGAGCGGCUGACACAGUGCCGUGAGGUGGUGCUCACCACGUCCAAGGCCAUCCCGGUGCAGGUGGACGGCGAGCCCUGCAAGCUUGCAGCCUCACGCAUCCGCAUCACCCUGCGCAACCAGGCCACCAUGGUGCAGAAAGCCAAGCGGCGGAGCGCCGCCCCCCUGCACAGCGACCAGCAGCCGGUGCCUGAGCAGCUGCGCAUCCAGGUGAGUCGCGUCAGCAUGCACGACUACGAGGCCUUGCACUACGACAAGGAGCAGCUCAAGGAGGCCUCCGUGCCACUGGGCACUGUGGUGGUCCCAGGAGACAGUGACCUAGAGCUCUGCCGCGCCCACAUCGAGAGACUGCAGCAGGAGCCCGAUGGUGCUGGAGCCACGUCCCCGACAUGCCAGAAACUGUCCCCCAAGUGGUGCUUCUUGGACGCCACCACUGCCAGCCGCUUCUACAGGAUCGACCGAGCCCAGGAGCACCUCAACUAUGUGACUGAGAUCGCACAGGAUGAGAUUUAUAUCCUGGACCCUGAGCUGCUGGGGGCAUCGGCCCGGCCUGACCUCCCAACCCCAACUUCCCCUCUCCCCACCUCACCCUGCUCACCCACGCCCCGGUCACUGCAAGGGGAUGCCGCACCCCCUGAAGGUGAAGAGCUGAUUGAGGCUGCCAAGAGGAACGACUUCUGUAAGCUCCAGGAGCUGCACCGAGCUGGGGGCGACCUCAUGCACCGAGACGAGCAGAGCCGCACGCUCUUGCACCAUGCAGUCAGCACUGGCAGCAAGGAUGUGGUCCGCUACCUGCUGGACCACGCCCCCCCAGAGAUCCUUGAUGCCGUGGAGGAAAACGGGGAGACCUGUUUGCACCAGGCAGCGGCCCUGGGCCAGCGCACCAUCUGCCACUACAUCGUGGAGGCCGGGGCCUCGCUCAUGAAGACAGACCAGCAGGGAGACACUCCCCGGCAGCGGGCUGAGAAGGCUCAGGACACCGAGCUGGCCGCCUACCUGGAGAACCGGCAGCACUACCAGAUGAUCCAGCGGGAGGACCAGGAGACGGCUGUGUAGCGGGCUGCCCGCAGCAGGAGGGACAAUGCGGCCAGGGGACGAGCGCCCUCCUUGCCCACCUCACUGCCACAUUCCAGUGGGACGGCCACGGGGGGACCCAGGCCCCAGGGAAAGAGCCCCGUGCCACGCCCUAAGGAGCCGCCCAAACCUAGGGCUGGAUUCAGGAGCUGGGGGCCUCACCUGUCCCCCUGAGGCCCCCGACGGACCCGGAGGCUCACAGGGGAACAGGACACGGCUGGGUUGGACAUGCCUUUGGGGGGGCGGGGGUUCUGGGUCAGGGCGCUCCCUGGCCGCGGCAGAUGCCCUCCGAGGAGUGGAGGGGCUGGAGAGAGAGGGAGGCCUUCGGAAAGAGGCUUCCUGGGCCCCCUGGUCUUCGGCCCGGCCCCCAGCCCCCGCUCUUGCCCCACCCCACCUCCCCCGGGCUUCCUCCCGGAAACUCAGCGCCUGCUGCACUUGCCCGCCCUGCCCUGCUUGGCACCCACUCCGGCGACCCUCCCCGCUCCCCCGUCAUUUCAUCGCGGACUGUGCGGCCUGGGGGUGGGGGGCGGGACUCUCACGGUGACAUGUUUACAGCUGGGUGUGACUCAGUAAAGUGGAUUUUUUUUCUUU